AUGCGAUCAACCUCAGCAAAUGCUUCUAUUCCUGUCCUGGAUAAGGUCAUUUCUUCUUUUGGAAUACCUAAGGUCGUAAAGUCAGAUAACGGAAGUCCAUUUAACUCUGCCGCAUUCAAGGAAUUCUCAGAAAACAUGGGAUUUCAUCAACGCAAAAUCACACCUCGUUGGCCUCGGGCGAAUGCUCAGGCAGAAUCCUUUAACAAGCCGAUGAUGAAGGCAGUCCGAGCUGCUCAUGUUGACAGGAAAAACUGGAAACAAGAACUGUUCCGUUUUCUUCGGCAGUAUCGAAAUACUCCUCAUUCAUCAACAGGACUAAGUCCAUUCACUCUGAUGUUUGGCCGAGAUACAAGAACUAAACUACCACAUAUAGCAAGACCAACAGAUCGUCCCAUAAAUCGCGCGGCAGCAGGAUGA